GCAGAGGUCGCAAGGAGCAGCUAAUAUUUUUAAUAGCUAAGAACAUCGUUCAUAACCUUAUUUACGGAUCUAUCGUUACGAUUUAGAGAACGUAUCUUAGGAUAUUCGAUGCAUUUUUCAAUAAUAACAUUUUAAUUAAACAUUGUGGUUUAAUAGUGUAAUUAUUAUCAAUAAUAAAUCUUACAACGUUGUUGUCAAUUUUGAGUCGUAACAACAAAUAAUUAGUAAUAUUGAAGAAAUAUGACAGAAAACUUUGAAAGGGAUAUUCCACCAAUGUAUACAAAUGAAGAACCGAAAACAGCUGGUCAACCACUCUCCGAUUUCCUUUUACAACUGGAAGAUUAUACACCAACGGUACCUGAUGCUAUCAGCGAACAUUACUUACAUACUGCUGGUUUUAAUACUACCGAUCCUAGAAUAGUACGUUUAGUAUCCCUAGCAGCUCAAAAGUUUAUUUCCGAAAUUGCUAAUGAUGCCCUUCAACACUGUAAAACACGUGGUGCUAAUCAAAAUACAAAAACAAAAGGAAAGGAUCGUCGUUAUAUGCUUACUAUGGAAGACUUGACACCUGCUGUUGCAGAAUAUGGCAUUAUAGUUAAGAAACCACACUACUUUGUUUAAAGAAAAUAUAUUCUUUAUCAUAAAA